UAAUACGGUGCUCCUUCUCGUAUGGUGAGAAGGAGGUGGGGUUCAGCUUUAACUCGUACAGUCGUACUAACGUUUUGGAAAGAAAAGGCGAAAGCCCCGCCUUUCCAUUGCCAUUCAAAAAGUCAUUUCUCACUCUCUCUCUCCCAAGUUCAAAACCCAAAGCCCCCAGUUCCAAUGGAAGAAUCGGCGGACCCUAUUCCUCUUUUUUUGUCUUUAGAUGAAUGGCCAGAGGAUCAAGAAUCCUCUUCCCAGCCUUCCUCCGACUCUUUCUUGCUUGGCUUUGUCUUCGCCAACAUAGUAGGCCUUCAGUAUUACAGAGGCAAAAUCAGCGGUCGAGAAAUGGUGGGUCUUGUGCGAGAACCUCUCAACCCUUACGACCAGAACGCGAUCAAAGUUCUCAACACUAGAACCCUUCAAGUCGGUCAUAUCGAGCGCUCCGUUGCCGCCGUUCUUUCGCCUUUGAUAGACUCUCACUUGAUUUCCGUCGAAGGGAUUGUGCCUAAUUCUCGUAGUGGUAGUAAUAAGUUUAAAAUCCCAUGCCAAGUUCACAUUUUUGCAACAUUAGAAGCCUUUAGUACUGUUAAAUCCGCCAUUUCUCGAGGUGGGUUGGAGUUAAUUUCCCAAUCUGACGUAUCUUUCACGUUGUCUGAGGCUGCUGUCGUGAAGGGAAGCAAGGGUGGAGGAGAGUUCAAGAGUGUGGAUAAGGUUUUCAAGUUGGUAGAUGAGAAUGUUAGAAAGAAGGCGACAAUGGAAACUGUGGAGCCUUCGCAUGAGGUUAUUAAAUCCCAGCUUUUGUUGCACCAGAAGGAGGGUCUAGGAUGGUUACUUCAUAGGGAGAAUUCGGGUGAAUUGCCUCCCUUUUGGGAGGAGAAAAGUGGGGAAUUUGUAAAUGUGCUGACGAAUUAUCAGACUGAUAAACGUCCUGAGCCAUUGCGCGGAGGGAUCUUUGCUGAUGAUAUGGGGUUAGGUAAGACACUAACUUUGCUUUCUUUGAUUGCAUUCGAUAAAUUUGGUGGUUUUGUUUCAUGUUCUGGUGAUGCUGGUAUAGAAGAGAUUGUUGAGGAGGAUGUUAAAAAGGGAAAGAGGGGUAGAGUUAGUAGGAAGGGUACUGGAACACAAAAAGGGCGUAAGACUGAGGAUACCAAACUUGCCAGAAAUCCAAAGGGGAAAUCUGUGAACACAAUUGAUGAGUGUGUUAGUGUUUUAGGCCAAAGAACAACUUUAGUUGUUUGUCCUCCCUCUGUGUUUUCAUCAUGGAUAACACAGCUAGAAGAGCACACUAAUCCGGGAAAAUUGAAGGUGUAUAUGUAUUAUGGAGAGAGAACUAAACAGGUUGAGGAGCUUAAGAAGUACGAUAUUGUGUUGACAACUUAUAGUACUUUGGCAACUGAAGAAUCUUGGUUAGACUCCCCUAUGAAAAGGAUGGAGUGGUGGCGAGUCAUCUUAGAUGAGGCACAUGUGAUUAAGAAUGCAAAUGCUCAACAGAGUAAAGCUGUCACUAGUUUGAAGGCCACAUGUAGAUGGGUUGUUACAGGAACACCCAUCCAGAAUGGUUCACUUGACUUGUUCUCUUUGAUGGCAUUUUUGCGGUUUGAACCAUUUUCUAUCAAGAGCUAUUGGAGAAGUUUGGUUCAACGACCCCUUGCUCAGGGUAAUAAGAACGGGCUCUCUCGUCUUCAGAUUCUGAUGGCAAGCAUUUCUUUGCGGAGAACAAAGGGCAAUGCCUUGAUUGGAUUGCCACCUAAAACAUUACAAACAUGUUAUGUUGAGCUUUCUGUAGAAGAACGUGAAGUCUACGAUCAGAUUGAAGGAAAGGCCAAAAGUGUUAUCCAGGAGUUCAUUAAUGAUGGUACUCUAGUGCGUAACUAUUCAACUGUGCUUGGCAUACUUUUACGACUUCGGCAGAUUUGUACUAAUCUGGCCCUUUUACCUCCGGAUCUCAGAGCCGUGUUCCCAUCUAGCUAUAUUGAAGAUGUAUCCAAUAACCCAGAGUUGCUGAAAAAGAUGGUUGCUAUGCUACAAGACGGUGAAGAUUUGGACUGUCCUGUUUGCAUCUCUCCUCCAAACGAUGUAGUAAUUACAUGUUGUGCUCACAUCUUUUGCCGACCCUGCAUCAUUAAAACCCUACAGCGGAUGAAACCCUGCUGCCCUCUGUGUCGUCAUCCCUUAUCUCAGUCGGAUCUCUUUUCAGCCCCUCCAGAAUCUUCUGAUGCUGACCACACUAAAAUAUCAUCAAGGAAUAUCACAUCUUCUAAAUUGUCUGCUUUAUUAACCCUCCUUCAGGAGUCACGAGAUCAAAACCCAACUAAGAAGUCAGUUGUUUUCUCUCAGUUCCGAACUCUGUUGUUGCUACUUGAAAAGCCACUGAAAGCUGCUGGUUUCAAGAUCUUGCGGUUGGAUGGAUCAAUGAAUGCAAAAAGGAGAGCUCAAGUAAUUGAAAACUUUCAAGUUCCAGGAGCAGACGGGCCGACAGUUUUGCUUGCAAGUCUCAAGGCUUCAGGUGCAGGUAUCAACCUUACAGCUGCUUCUAGAGUUUACUUGUUGGAGCCAUGGUGGAAUCCAGCUGUCGAGGAACAGGCUAUGGAUAGAGUUCACCGGAUUGGGCAGAAGGAGGAUGUGACGAUUGUGAGGCUGAUUGCUCGAAACAGCAUUGAAGAGAGGGUAUUGGAGUUGCAGGAGAGGAAGAAGAAACUAGCAACAGAAGCUUUUAGAAGGAAGGGCCCAAAGUAUCAGGAAGAAGUUACAGUAGACGAUCUCCGUACCCUCAUGUCCCUGUGAGUUUUCAGCAUUAUGUUAAUGUUCCAGACAUGGAUAGUUAAAUCCAUAUAUUUGUGCCCUAUGCCCUUCCCCUUGGAGCUCUUUUGUGUAUAUAGGUUUUUCAGGACUUCCUGGCAAGGUAUCUAUUUAGUAUAUGCUUUUGAAGGCUUAUUAAGUUUCUGGAAUGUUUUGGUGUAAAGAUCAACUAGGGUAUCUGCCACCUAGACCUUUCAAAGAAGGAAAAUGAGUUGGAAUCUC